AGGAGUACCGGCUCCUCCCCUUCAGUCUUGCACAGGUGUACGAGCUCCUCCCCUUCAGUCUUGCACAGGUGUAGCGGCUCCUCCCCUUCAGUCUUGCACAGGUGCACCGGCUCCUCCCCUUCAGUCUUGCACAGGUGUAGCGGCUCCUCCCCUUCAGUCUUGCACAGGUGUACCGGCUCCUCCCCUUCAGUCUUGCACAGGUGUAUUGGCUCCUCCCCUUCAGUCUUGCACAGGUGUAUUGGCUCCUCCCCUUCAGUCUUGCACAGAUGUACCGGCUCCUCUCCUUCAGUCUUGCACAGGUAUACCGGCUCCUCCCCUUCAGUCUUGCACAGGUGUACCGGCUCCUCCCCUUUGUUCUUGCACAGCUCCUCCUUGAUUGACACCCACUAAUCAAGGCAUUUAGAAAUUUGCA